AUGCGCCUCUCCUGGACCGCUCUCCUGUUCGGCCCGCUGCAGCUCUACGCGCUCCUGCGCUGCGCCUCGCCGGCCGCGGGCCAGCAGCAGCCCCCGCGUGAGCCGCCGGCAGCGCCGGGAGCCUGGAGGCAGAGGAUCCAAUGGGAGAACAACGGGCAGGUGUUCAGCCUACUGAGCCUGGGUUCACAGUACCAACCGCAGCGCCGCCGGGACCCCGGGGCUGCAGCUUCGCAGCCGCGUACACCGGUCUUGUUGCUCCGUAACAACCGCACGGCGGUGUCGCGGGCGCAGGCGGCUGGCUCGUCGGGAACCACAUCCCCUCGCUCCAGGCCCGCCGCCCGCCACUGGUUCCAAGUUGGCUACACGCCGUCGGGACCUCGCAGCGCUGGCGACUCGCGGUCCAGCAACAGGACUGAGCAGAGAGUGCGCCCGGCGCUCAGUAACCUGCGGCCGCCAAGCCGGGUGGACGGCAUGGUGGGUGAUGACCCAUACGGUUCCUACAAGUACUCGGAGGACAACCCUUAUUACAACUACUACGACACGUACGAGAGACCACGGCCUGGGGGCAGAAGCCGGCCUGGAUACGGCACCGGCUACUUCCAAUACGGUCUUCCGGACCUGGUGCCUGACCCCUACUACAUCCAGGCUUCCACGUAUGUGCAGAAGAUGUCUAUGUAUAAUCUGAGAUGUGCCGCCGAGGAAAACUGCCUGGCCAGAUCAGCAUACAGGGCAGAUGUUAGAGAUUAUGAUCACAGGGUGCUACUAAGAUUUCCCCAAAGAGUGAAAAACCAAGGGACAUCUGACUUCUUACCAAGCAGACCAAGAUAUUCCUGGGAAUGGCAUAGUUGUCACCAACAUUAUCACAGCAUGGAUGAAUUCAGCCACUAUGAUCUGCUCGAUGCCAGCACCCAGAGGAGAGUUGCUGAAGGCCACAAAGCAAGCUUCUGCUUAGAGGACACAUCCUGUGACUAUGGCUACCACAGGCGAUUUGCCUGUACUGCACAUACACAGGGGUUGAGUCCCGGCUGCUAUGAUACCUAUAAUGCAGAUAUAGACUGCCAGUGGAUUGAUAUUACAGAUGUACAACCAGGAAACUACAUUCUAAAGGUCAGUGUGAACCCCAGCUACCUGGUCCCUGAGUCAGACUACUCUAACAAUGUUGUGCGCUGUGAAAUACGAUACACAGGACAUCAUGCAUAUGCCUCGGGCUGUACAAUUUCACCGUAA